CGACAAACUGUGUCCGAUCCCUCAUUGCAUUCUCUGCCUUUUUUUCUUGAUUCUGUGGAACAUUGAAUUCUCUCGCAUGACACUGAAGUUUCACUGCUCAGUGUCUGAUGGAGCGAGCCCCGCUGUCAUUGAACGAUCAAUCGGGUUUGGAGUCGCUGAACAGAGGGUUUUUUUUAUUUUUUAUUUAUUAUUUUUUUUUCUCCUUUUCUCUCUCCCUUACAGAGGGAUAACACUGGCCUAUCGUAUAACUACAGUUGUUAUGAAAAGGAUACAGGAGCUAAAAAGAUCGUGAUUUAGAUACAUAUGACGAUGGUGAAUGAGGAAUUGAAUGUACUCUGAAGGCGUG